AUGGACCAACAACGGUUCCUGCAGCAAUUGCAGAUUGUCUUGGAUCCCUCUCAGGGUAAUGUCAAAGAAGCUACUGGCAUCCUCCAGAAGGAGUUCUACAGCCAGCCUGAGUCCCUUGUCUUCCUUUUCCAGAUUGCCACUGCACAUGAAAAUUCAAAUCUCCGCCAGCUGGCAGCCGUUGAGGCCCGCUCGCUUGUAUCAAAGCACUGGUUGAAGGUGGCAGCGGACCAGAAGCCCCAGAUCCGUGAGCAGCUCCUCCGCUCUACCAUGAGCGAGAGCUCUGAUCUCGUCCGUCAUUCCAUCGCUCGGCUCAUCUCCGCUGUCGCCAAGAUUGAUUUGGUCGAUGGCGAGUGGGCUGAUUUGCCUAACGUCUUGCUCCAGGCUGCCGACGCCGGCAACAAAGAUGAGCGGGCGGUCGCCAUCUACAUCCUGUUCACCAUCUUGGAAACCCUCGGCGAGGGCUUUGAAGAGAAGUUCCAGGACCUGUUUGCCUUGUUCAACAAGACUAUUCGCGACCCCGAAAGCUCGGAAGUCCGUAUCAAUACUCUGCUGUCUCUAAGCAAGCUGGCUAUGCACCUUGACUCGGAGGAGAGUAUGGCUCCCGUCAAAGCUUUCCAGGAGAUGGUACCAGCUAUGGUUGCCGUUCUGAAGGAUGUCAUUGACCAGGGCGAGGAGGACCGCGUCAUGCAGGCCUUCGAGGUCUUCCAGACUCUGCUUGGUUGUGACCCCGCCCUUCUGACAGUUCACCUGAAGGACCUCGUAAUCUUCAUGAACGAGAUUUCAGCCAACACCGAGGCUGAUGAGGACACCCGUACUCAGGCCAUCAGCUUCCUCAUGCAGUGCGUUCAGUACCGCAAGUUGAAGAUCCAAGGCAUGCGCCUCGGUGAGCAGUUGACCCGCACUGCUCUGCACAUCGUGACCGAAUUGGAUGAUGAUUCCGCCUCUGAUGGCGAAAUCGACCCUCCACGCUCUGCUCUUGGUCUCCUCGACAUGCUUGCACAGAGUCUGCCUCCUAGCCAGGUCGUUGUUCCUUUGCUCCAGGCUCUUGGACCUUACUUCAGCAACACCGACCCCAACUACCGCCGUGCCGGUAUCAUGGCUUUGGGUAUGUGCGUUGAGGGUGCUCCUGACUUCAUCAGCUCCCAGAUGAAGGAUAUCUUUCCCAUGGUUCUUCAGCUUCUCGCCGAUCCUGAGCCCAAGGUGCGCCAGGCCUCUCUGCAUGCCGUUGCUCGCCUUGCCGAUGAUCUGGUCGAGGAUAUCAGCAAUGAGCACCAGCGUCUGAUGCCUCUGCUCUUCACCAAUUUGACUAGUGCUAUGCAAGAGUACAAGGGUGAGGAGGAUGGUCCUAUUUUGCAAAUAAUCCGGGCCGGUAUUAGCGCUGUCGAUUCCGUAGUUGACAGCCUGGAUGAGAAAGAUGUUGCUCCUUACCAGGCUGAGCUCGUCCCCAUCCUGCACAACCUCUUCAAGCACCCUGACUUCAAGAUCAAGGCUCUCGCCUCUGGUGCUCUUGGCUCCCUUGCUUCGUCUGCCGGCAGCUCGUUUCUCUCCUUCUUUGACGAGACCAUGCACCUCCUGCAGGAGUACGCCGCUGUUAAGGACACCGAGGAGGAGCUUGAUCUCCGUGCCAGUGUGACCGAUGCUAUGGGUGAGAUGGCUGCUGCUGCGGGCCCCGAGCGCUACCAGCCCUAUGUUGAGCCGCUCAUGCGUGCCACUGAGGAAGCUCUGCACCUCGGCCACUCUCGCCUUAAGGAGAGCACCUAUCUCUUCUGGGGUGCCAUGGCCAAGGUCUACGCCGAGCACUUCUCCCCUUUCCUCGAUGGUGUCAUCAACGGUCUGUUUGCCUGCAUCGAGCAGGAUGAGACUGAUCUUGAGGUUUCCCUUGGUGAGCAUGCCAAGGAUCUCAUUGGCCAGGAGGUUACUGUUGGCGGCCGCAAAGUCAAGGUUGCCAGCGCUGACGACGACGAUGAUGAUCUUGAGGGCGAGAUCGAAGAUGUUGACUUUGAAGAUGACGAGGAUGCUUGGGAUGACAUUACUGCUACUACCCCUCUGUCUUUGGAGAAGGAGAUUGCUGUCGAAGUCAUUGGUGACCUCGUCACUCACACCCGCAGCACCUUCUUGCCUUAUUUGGAGAAGACCAUUGAGAUGGUUAUGCCCCUUGCCGAGCACCCUUACGAGGGUGUCCGUAAGACUACCAUAAGCACUCUCCACCGCUCUUACGCUAUGCUGUUUGCCAUUGCCGAGGAGACUGGCCAGAUGCCCAAGUGGCAGCCCGGCCUUCCCCUCCAGUUUGAGCCUGCCAAGGAGGUGAAGAAGUUCGGUGAAAUCCUCAUGACUGCCACCAUCAAGAUGUGGGCAGAGGAAGAUGACCGUGCUACCGUCGCGGAUAUUAACCGUAACAUGGCCGAGAACCUCCGUUUCUGUGGUCCUGCCCUCAUCUCUGACGAGACUGUGCUUCAUAACGUGAUCCAGAUGAUUACCGAUAUCAUCUCCAAGAAGCACCCCUGUCAGUUUGAGUACGGUCCUGAGGAGGAGACCCUUGAGGCCGGUGACGAGACUUCAGAGUUCGAUUGGGUGGUCGUCGACACUGCUCUAGAUGUUGUCUCAGGUAUGGCCGCUGCUCUUGGCGCCAGCUUCGCUGAGUUGUGGAAGGUGUUUGAGAAGACUAUCCUCCGCUACGCCAGUAGUGGCGAGGCCUUGGAGCGCGCCACUGCCGCUGGUGUUCUCGCUGAGUGCAUUAACGGCAUGGGCGGUGCUAUUACCCCCUUCACCUCUACCAUCCUUAAGGUGCUGUUGCACCGCCUUGGAGAUGAGGACCCCCAGACCCGGUCCAACGCCGCCUACGCUGUUGGCCGCCUGGUGCAGCACUCCAACUCGGAUGCUGAGAUUGUCAAGGUAUACCCUACCAUUCUUAGCCAGCUCGAGCAAUGUCUGCAGAUGAACGUUUCUCGUCUCCAGGACAACGCCACUGGUUGUGUCAGCCGCAUGAUCAUGCGCCACCCCGAGAGCAUGCCCCUCAAGGAAGUUUUGCCCGUUUUGGUCAGCAUUCUGCCUUUGAAGAACGAUUUUGAGGAGAACGAGCCCCUUUACCGCAUGAUCUGCCAGCUCUACAAAUCUGAGAACCCCAUCAUUCUCGAACUCACUCCUAGUCUCGUUCCCGUCUUCCAAGCUGUGCUGACUGGCGACGAGGACCAGCUGGAGGAUGAGCUGCGUGUUGAGUUGGUCGCCCUUGUCAAGUGGCUGAACCAGGUGCAACCGGGCGUUGCCCCUUGGGCGGAGCAACUUUAA